AUGGCGACGGCCACUCGCCUCGUCCAGCGCUUCCGAAACUUCUUGGCGGGGGUAAAGGGUUCAGGCUCUGCAGUGACAACAGCUGAGAAAAAACCGGUGACACCAGGACCAGCAAUUAAGAAGUGGGAAAUUUCAAAAGACCAGCCCUAUUUGUGA